AUGGAACAUACGGUGCAUCGUAGCAACAGUGCCGGUUUCUCGGUAACCGAUUUACCACCAACGGUACGAGCAGCAUUCGCGAACCUUCGAUCUUUUAACAAAAUCCAGCAAACCGUUGCUCCGACGAUCCUGCAAACGGACGAUUCGCUGGUGGUGAACGCACCAACAGGAUCCGGCAAAACGGUCAUCCUUGAGUUGGCAAUCGCCAAGCUAGCGAUGCAAUCUGGUGGCCAACGUGCCACCUUCCGUAUCAUCUACCUGGCCCCAACGCGAUCACUGUGCGCCGAGAAGUACACCGAUUGGAAGGGCCGCCUAGCACCGCUCGGUAUCGAGUGCAUCCAGUACGACGGUGAUAACGUAGUGGAGGACAUACGCAAACUCAGCAACUAUCAGCUCAUCCUUAGCACGCCGGAGAAAUGGGAAGUGUUUACGCGGCACUGGGCCGACCGGAAUGCAGCAACGGUGCUGCGUCCCAUCAAGCUGUUCCUGAUCGACGAAGUGCAGGUGAUCGAGGAUAGUGAACGUGGCGCUAAUCUGGAGCUGGUAGUAGCCCGCAUGAAGUACAUUGACGCACGUUUGCACGGCCAGACGGACGGGACGGGGCCCACCUUGGGUGAGCCAGCAUCAUCCGUUACCUCGAUUCGUUUCAUUGCCGUAUCCGCUUGCAUUCCAAAUGUCGAUGAUUUUGCCCGGUGGCUGCAGAACGAUCGUAAGGUGGUGCCUUUCAGCUUUGCCGAGACGGAUCGCCAGACAACGCUCGAACGGCACGUACUCGGCUAUCCGUUCCACUCGAGUCCGUUCAAGUUCGAGCUGAACCUCAAUUACAAGCUGGUGGACAUUAUCGCCCAGUAUUCGUGCUCCAAACCGACGCUCAUAUUCUGUUCCUCGCGCAAGAGUGCCGAAACGACGGCCAGCUACCUAGCACGCACUCCAGGCCAGUCGCUGACAUUACCAUCGGCCGCGGUUCUACGGGAGAUUGGCUCCGGGCUGGUGGGUAAACAGUUGCAGGAACUCAUCGGCAAAGGGGUGGCCUACCACCAUGCCGGACUGUUGGCAAGUGAUCGAAUCCGGAUCGAGAGCAGCUUCCGCGAGGGACACAUCGGAGUGCUCUGCUGUACGAGUACGCUCUGUAUGGGUGUGAACCUGCCGGCCUAUCUCGUCAUCAUCAAGGCCACCUUCAAUCAUAUGGGCAAGGAUUACGCGAACAACUACCUGCUCCAGAUGAUGGGCCGUGCGGGACGCUCCCAGUACAACGAGCACGGUGUCGCCGUUGUCAUGACAACGGAAGCCAACGUUGAACGCUACCGGAAGCUGGUGAGCGAUACGCUGCCGAUCGAGUCUCAGCUGCACCAGAAGCUACCGGAACUGCUCAACUCCGAGAUAGCGCACGGGAUCAUCUACGAUCGGGCGGCCGUCCGGGAGUGGAUCCGUUCGACGUUCUUCUACGUCCGGGCCCAGACUAACCCGGGCCACUAUCAACUAUCGGCCGGUCCGGUUUACGAUAUGAACGAUCAGAUCGAACGGCUGUGCGAAACCACCCUGGAGUCACUGCAGACCAGUGGAUUGAUCGUAGCGAAUCGUUCGGCCAUCCUGCAACCAGCCCCAUCCGGCCGGUUGAUGGCGCGCAAUCAUCUUUCCUUCAAAACCAUGCAACUGCUGCUGGCCGAGAUGGUGGGCGAUGAGACGGUGGCGAAGAUGCUGUCGCUGAUUGCCCGGGCCGACGAGUUCAGUGCGUUCAAGUGUCGGAACAACGAGAAGCGGCUCCUGAAUGCACUCAACACGCCGACCGGAUCGACGACCGGCGGUGCGGAGUGUGCUGGCGUUCGGUUCCGGUGGCCGGGACGCAUCAGCACAACCGAUGCCAAGGUGUACUGUCUGAUACAGGCCGUGUUCGGCUGUUUACCCAUCCACGACCACAGUCUGCACCAGGAAGCGGCCAAGAUGAUCACUCUCGGAGCGCGCAUCUGCCGGUGUAUCAUCGGAUUGCUGAACGCAAAUCGGAACCGCUUCCACGGUGACCGUGCUGCCGGAAGUUUCCGUGCCCUCGCCAGUGCCUGCACGUUGGCACAAUGUUUCGAGGUGAAACUGUGGGAAAACAGUCCGCUCGUCUCGCGCCAGCUACGUGGAAUAGGACCCCGGUUGGCGCAGCAUCUUGCCGAUCGAGGAAAGUGCACGUUCCGUGCCAUUCGAAGCUCGGACCCGCGAGAACUGGAGUGCAUCGUUAAGAAGCAACCACCGUUCGGGAAUGAGCUGAUCGGAUUGGCCAGCGAAUUGCCCGAGUUCGCCAUCGAGCUGACGAAAACGAUGUUGGAAGGGGAGCAGCAGCCACGGAAUGAGAUCGUCUGCACGGUACAGCAGCGGAACGGUCAAUAUCUGGCCAGGGGAACUCCUCCAAUUGAGUUCAGUCUUCUUGUUGGAGAUUCAAGCAACCAGCUGUUACUGUAUGAAGCGGGAUUGUCCACCGAUAGGAUACCAGCGGUGGGAGGAAAAUGUUGGACAAUUCAGCUUCCGGAUGCCACAGUGGAAUCGAUCCAGGCUCAUCUCAUCUGUUGCGAGUGGGCUGGACUGGAUGGUCAUCAUACGUUGGCGUUGGUUGGCGAUCGUGAGAUCAUCGCAACGAAGCAAACCACCAUUACCAGCUUCUUCCCGAGUGAAACGGCCAAUGACACGCUGCAUUCCAUGAAGGAUAUGAGCUUCCAGGGACCGCCUGUUAUCGAUACGCUACAUUCCAUGAAGGACAUGAACUUCCCGGAACCGGCUGCUCUCGAUACCUCGCGCUGGAACAGCACAUCCGUGAUGGAGCGCUCCUAUCUGUUGGCCACUUCGAAUGGCACCUACUAG